AUGUUGGAAAUGCAUAAGCGGUAUGGCGAUGUUGUUCGCAUUGCGCCGGAUGAACUGGCAUUCUCACACCCGGAUGCUUGGCAAGACAUCAUGGGCCACAGGAAAGGUCAACAUGAAUUCAUCAAGGCCGACUGGUUCUACCGACCGGUGGAAGACCAGCCCACACAUGUGGUGAACGCGGCCAGAGAUCAACAUGGACGUCUGCGAAGACAGCUGGCGCAUGGUUUCUCUGAGAAAGCGAUGAGAGAUCAGGAGCCUUUGAUCCGCGGGUAUGUCGACCUGCUCUUGGAUCGGCUGAGUGAGUUUUGCGCAUCCGGUAGUUCCGUGGUCUUGUCGGAUUGGUACAACUUCACAACUUUCGAUAUCAUUGGAGAUCUAGCAUUCGGGGAGCCAUUUGGCUGUCUCCAGGGCUCGGAUCUUGAUGGGUGGAUCCAGGGGAUAUUCGACGCUGGUCGACUCGGAAUUCUUUUGCAGACUUUAUCGUUUUACCCGCUUUUGAAGCGGAUCUUGAUCGCGAUGGCACCUAAGUCAAUGAAAGAAGCCCACGAAAAGCACAAGAGAAUGACUCAACAGAAGAUGAUGCGUCGAAUGGAAAAGGAAGAGGGUCGACCGGAUCUUAUUGAAGGACUUUUGAGGAAGAAGGACGAGUUGAGCCUAACAGUUGAUGAACUGAUUUCAAAUGCCGAAAUUCUCAUCAUUGGGGGAUCAGAGACAACGGCUUCAUUACUGAGUGGAGUCACUUACCUCCUUCUCGCGAACCCAGAAGCCCACGACAAAUUGAAAGCAGAAGUGCGCUCGGCUUUCCAAAGACAAAAAGAUAUCAACUUGAUCUCUGUCAACGGUUUGCCUUAUAUGCUUGCAUGCCUUGACGAGGCCAUGCGCAUGUACCCACCAAUUGCCAACGGACUUCCUCGUCUGAGUCCUGAUGGUGGUGCUAUCAUAGGAGGCCAACACAUACCACCCAAGACAUUUGUGUCGGUUCAUCAUUGGUCACUCUAUCGACGCGAAGAGUACUUCAAAGACCCUAAUAACUAUCACCCGGAGAGAUUCCUGGGUGAUCCUGCCUUCGCGGAUGACCGCCGAGAAGUGCUACAGCCAUUCCACGUUGGGCCGCGAAACUGCCUUGGUAGAAACCUUGCAUACAGCGAAAUGCGUUUGAUCCUCGCGUUGAUCAUCUUCAAAUUCGAUAUCACCCUUGAUCAUGAAGCAAAAGAUUGGAUGAACCAGAGAAACUUCCUCAUGUGGGAGAAAGGGCCACUGAAAGUUCAUUUGAGCCUAGUGUAG